AUGCGGAACCGGGUUCGUCUCGACCGCGUUUUCGAAUUUUCAAAAUCGAUCGUCUUCGGUUGUGUUCUGUUUUUACUGGCGAGUCGGAUAUCGGCACAAGAUGAAAACAAAACGUUCGAGAGUGUGUUUCGAUUGAAAAACAUCGAGUCCACGGAAAAUAAUGAGCCGUUUUAUACGGAAAAUAACGCGAAUCCGUCGGCGUACGAAUUUCUGGAAAGCCUGUCAGAGAUGGACGACCUCAACAACGGUGAAAAUCAUGAGGAUGAAGAAAAACCUGUCGAACCACCAUCCGAAAUCGAUAAUCCCACAGGAUCGAAAAUCGAACCGAAGGAGGAAAUCACAAUUUCUAAGGGUAUAAACGGUAAAAUGGCUGGAGGGAAAAUUGCAAAGUUUGUGAGAUACGAUUCGAAUGAACCGGAAGCCGACAGAUACGCGCCUCGAUCCUCCGAUUCGAUUCAAAACUACAUUAUAACCGAAACCAGGUUAAAGGAAAUACGAUCGCAGUUUAUGUAUUGGUACUUCGACAAGGGUGGUGACGAUGAUUUAGGCGAUUAUCAAAAAGACAUCCAAUCAUCGAUGCCGCAAAUACACAAAAGUUUCAACUUCCAGCUGCCAUUCUUUGGAUUUAGAUUAAAUUACACCAGAGUAUCCAUGAAUGGUUUCUUAGAAUUCAGCGACCCUCCGGUACAUUACACUUACCCUCUCGUGUUUCCCAUCAAAGAUUGGCCGAAAAAGAACGAUCCCAGUUUCAUAGGAAUAUUCUUUAGUAAAUGUCGCAUAGGAGAAGUCAGAAGGGACGAUAUCGAUCAGAGAACACCAGGAGUUUACUUCAGGCUCGAGAGAGAUUUGCAAAGGAGAACUGAUCAAUUUGGCGUGGAAAUGAGGGAGCGUUUGAAAUGGGACGUCCGCGAAGCCAUCAUCGGUUCAGACUCCUUUGAGCCCAAGCAUGCUGCUAUAGUCACGUGGAAGAACAUGUCGUUCGCCGGUGGUAUCGACAAUUCUCUUUACAAGACGAACACCUUUCAAAUGGUUUUAGCCACAGACGAGGUGUUUUCUUACGCGAUCUUCAACUACUUGAAUAUACAAUGGACCAGUCACACGGAAGCUGGCGGGGAUACUACGAACGGAGAAGGUGGUGUUCCAGCAUUUAUCGGUUUCAACGCUGGAAAUGGUACACAAGCUUACGAAUAUAAACCGUAUUCCCAAAUGUCGACGAUCCGCGACUUAACAGGAAGAGGAUGGGCGAACGGUUUCCCAGGACGACAUAUUUUCAGGAUAGACGAGAAGAUCAUGCUUGGAACUUGCAACAAGGAUAUUGCCGGAGCAAACUUGCCUCUUGUGUUCGCGCCGGAAAGCGGGAACAUGUUGGGCGGUACCAUUGUCAACAUCACCGGUCCGUGUUUCAACGAGUCUGAAAAAAUACGCUGCAUGUUCGAGAGCGAGUGGGUGCUCGGUACAGUGAUCGAUAGAAAUCGCGCGAUCUGCGUUCAACCGUUCGUGAAGGCGCAGGGAUACAUCAGAUUUGCGAUCAGCAUUGGCGAGAGCAAAACGUACGACUGGAAGGGGAAAUAUUUCAUCGAGACCCCGGCGACGGCGAUCGAAAGGAUCUUCGUUGAUAAUUCGAUCCACGAGCGCCAACCGGCAGAGAUAAAAAUCACGUGGAACCAAUACAAUUUGACCAGCAACUUGAACGCGGGCAUACAGAUAUCUUUGUGGGGAUACCGCGAAACCAAAACAACACCAGACUUCCAGUACAUCGCUACUUUGGAGUCCGCGUACACGAAUCUCGGCUACUACAUCAUCAGACCGGCUAAAUAUCGCGAUCAGAGCAAUCUCUACCAGCUGGACAUGAGCUUCGGAUUUAUCAUGCUAAAUUUGACGGAACCACAGCAGCACUCCGGCCUUAACAUUACACCGAGUCUCUGGAGUAGGCCAGUCCCAUUGGCGUGGUACUUUGGCCCGCAAUGGGAACGAAUGUACGGAUCGAAAUGGCCCCAACAACUUUGCGACAAAUGGAUCAUGAACGAUAGGUAUUUGAAGAAUUUCGCCGCGGAGAUAUCCCUGUGUCCGUGUUCGUUGAGGCACGCGUUGUACGAUAAAGGACGGUUCCUUCCGGAUUACGAUUGCGACAAGGACUCGAAUCUGGACUGUCUUUACAAUCAACACGCGCAUCACUGUGUGAGGACAGGCGCCCCGAAUAUGGACGGCUCCGAACAACAAUGUUGUUACGAUAAGAACGGCUACCUGAUGCUGACGUACGACCAGCAAUGGGGUUCGAGGCCUCAUCGAUCGCACAACCUUGGAUACUAUCCUUGGGACGAGGCGAACAAAGUUCCGACCCUUUCGAACUGGUACCACGACAUAAUACCUUUCUACAUGUGCUGCAUGUGGCAAGAGGAGCACGCAGUCGGUUGCGAAACGUUCAGAUACGAGAGACGGCCCAGUCAAGAUUGCGUGGCUUAUCAGUCCCCGGCCGUGGCGACGGUGUUCGGCGAUCCCCACAUAAUCACGUUCGAUAAUUUACAAUACACGUUCAACGGAAAAGGUGAAUUCGUCCUGGUGCGCGUGAACAACGCGAAGGACAAACUCGACGUGCAAGGCAGGUUCGAGCAACUACCGAACAACAUGUACGGCGAAGUGAGGGCCACGCAAUUGACGUCCAUAGCAGCCAGAGGAAACAACUCCAUCCCCAUAGAGGUCCGGGUGAGACCGAAACACGCCCAGUGGAGAUACCGUCUGGACGUCUUCGCGGAUAAUCGUCGAGUGUACUUCGACAGACCGUCCCUCAAGUUCCAACACUUCCCCGGAGUGGUCGUUUACACACCGACGUACAUUUUAAACCAGAGCGAAGUGAUAAUCAUGUUCGACACGGGCGCAGGCGUGGAAGUGGUCGAGAACGAGGGUUUCAUGACGGCCAGGGUCUAUCUACCUUGGACCUACUUGAACAAGACUACAGGACUUUUUGGUAAAUGGAACAUCGACAUCAUGGACGACUUGUUGACACCGGACGGUCAACAAGUGGCCUCGUCCAAUCUGAAUCACUUCGAAGCUGUGCACAAAGACUUUGCGUUAAAGUGGAUGCUGGAAGACAAGGAGGACGAUUUAAAAGGAGGGGCCCUGUUCACCAGAGAGUUCGGUAGAACCGCCAGUUACUAUUCCAAUAGAACAUUUGAACCUGAAUACCGAAAAACAGCCCAGGAAAUAUUGCCAUCUAACAGGUCGAUCGAUAUACAGCGAUCUUUGGAUCUCUGCGGAGACUCGUAUCAGUGCCAAUACGACUAUGCGAUGUCUCUCAAUCGGGAUUUAGCUCAUUUUACAAGAAACUAUUACGACACGUACACGAAGAUUAGAUACACUAAUUUAGACGACCCAGUGAUAACGUGCGGUGUAUUGGAGACGCCACGUUUCGGCCGAAAGAGUAAUUUCUUUUUCACGCCGGGCACGAGAGUGACCUUCGAGUGUAAUCAAGAUUUCACACUAAUUGGCGAUCAACGACGGAUAUGCACACCGCAGGGCCGCUGGGAUGUGCCUGAGUACGGAUACACGGAGUGUCUACGUCAGAUCGAGUAUGCUCAGCGUACAGCGUGGACGACAAUGGGUAUCAUUUGCGCCGUUUUAAUCCCAGUAACAGGAUGUGUCGCGGCCGCCUUUCUUUACAUAAGAAAGAAUCAGUCGCAGGGAGGUUCGGUAAAGUCGUGGCGUUAUUCUGUGCGCGAGUCUACCAUUGACAAUGAAUCAACAUUGUUGAAGCAAAACGUGCCAUUAAAAUCAUACGUUAGAGCGGUUUCGCCCGUUAGCGACACUAGUACCCUACCGAGUAGCGCCAAAAAACGUCAUAGCUAUGAUAAAGUCUAUCGUACCAAUGAACCCUUGCCAAAUAAACCGGAUGUCGAUUUCGAGGACAAAGACUGGGAUAUCAAAGAACCCAUUUCCCCGACAAAUUCGGAACACAGUACGACAGAGUCUAUUAGAAAAACUGGAAGUCCCACCAAAGAAAGCGACGUAUAAGAUUGUUUAGAAGAUUGAGAAUUUCUAAGAAAUAAUAAAAAUGUAGAGACAUUUUUAAAUAACUCUCAUGGGGUAUUUGACCAUUUCAAAAGUUCAUCAUUUACGCGUAUAAUUCUUGGAAGCGUCUCUUCCAUGACAAAUAUUUGUAAAUGUAUUACCCUCUCUAUAUCUCUCUGUCUCUCUCUAUCUGGGCGUAAUUAUACGCGUUUAUAUUUUCGGAAUAAUUCCGUGUCAUAUUGUACAAAAUAAACAUAAUUAAAUAUCAUUUACACAAAAGACAAAUUCGCCCGAUAGGUUACAUGUAGAUAAAAUUUCAUAUCAAACGUUAAUAACGUAUCGUUUCUUUAUCACGUAUAAAUUACAUCUUCUGUGUUUGCUGUGGAAUAGAAAUGUCCUUGAUUUUAUAAAAUUCUGUUCAUCGUCUAAUGUGCAGAAUACGAUAACCUUAAAUUAGAAAUGAGCU